GUUUUUGACAGCUGGAAAGUGAGCACGUUCAAAACACACACGGUUUACUUCGCGCUAUUUGUGUUUUGUGUGUCUUUCUGUUUCUGUCAAAGAAAAACGUACGAGAAAAUUGUGUAUAGUGUUUUUUUUUUCUGUCCAUUUUUUGUAACGAUGUAAAAAAGAAGUUGCUUUUUUGUGUUUUUGUGCAGUAACAAACGGAAGGAAAGCGAAAAAAAUGUCGAAACGAAUGGGUUUCCAAUUCCGUCAGCCGCGGUCCAAAAUGCCAAAGCUGGAUAUCACAAUAUCGUCUAGUCAACGAAUUGUCGCAGCCGGCCCAUCCAAUAUGAAUCAUCCGCCACGGACCGAUGCACCGGCUCCAUCGGAAGAUGCCUGGGGUGAAGAUGAUGAUGAAUUCUUUGUGUUGGCAUCACAGGCUGCCGAACAAGUUGAGGCCAAUGCAGCCGUUGUCAUUUCACAAUCAAUGAAUAAUCGCGAUCAUGACAUGAGCUACAUUCGAUUCCGGAAGGAUGUGCGAACUGCACAGAGUACCCAGCUAAAUCACAUUGAUGAAUUUGACAACGAUGAAGACUUAUUCUCAAAUGUGCCCGACUUCAUUCCGAACCCAGUGCAAGCUGCCGUGCCCUCGGUGGUAAAUAAAGAGAACAAUGGUCAAGUGGCACAUAACCACCAAAAUGCAACCGCGAAUCAACCGAGCACUUCAACGGCCAAUCGAAUGUCUUCCGAUGAUAAGGCUAGAGAGCAGAAAGAAAAAAUUCAAACGGAAUUUUUUGCGGAAAAAAUUAAAGCGCAGAAGAAACAAAUCGAAACACUGCGAGAAACACUCAACAAAGUCAAUCAAAAGUGUACGACCAAGGAAGGCGAAGCGUCAACACUGCGAUACGAGGUUGACUCAAAGUCCCGGGAUAUCGAACGACUUCGCAAGGAAAAAAUGGAGGAAGCGGUUGAUAUGGAGAAAAAGUACUCGGAGAAAAUCAUAGCGCUAGAAAAGAAAAUCGAAGAACAACGAACGGAACUGGAAUUUAAGAACAUUGAAAUUUUACAAAAAAAAUCGCGGAAAUCGUUGAAUGAAUCAGUUGUCGUUGAACCGGAAGGCAACCAGCCGCCUUUUGAACUCCACCAUUUGUUCAAACUCCAUUCCAAUCAUAUUGAGCCAGCCGAUCCGGAAAAUGUUGCGGCGGCAGAAUUUCUAGCCACAAAGGGCACCGAGAAAUACCGGGGCUUAAGCGAGCGUGAUUUUGAUACACUUAAACACCUCAAUACGCUGCAUUCAAUUUACAAUGGUGCCAAAGCAAAGAAAUUUCGUGUGCUUGACAAUAAUUCGAUGAAAGAGAUUGCAAUCAUAACGAAUGCCUUCAUUGAUGCGCUGAAAACGUAUGCGAGUCGAUUAACCCUUCGAACACCCACCAAAUAUAAUUCGGCUUUGGAGUGUAAAAUUAUCUCCGAAGAAAUGGCCAAGGCAACAACUGCGAACGGAAGCGGCUCGGGCACAACAGAAAUGCUGGUCGAUGAGAAAUUGAUUUAUGAAAGACAAAUGUUAGCUGUGAUUGCACUCUUAAGCACCGAUUUUCCGAACACAACGCAAUUGUUUCUGUUCGAAAAAUGUGAAGAGUCACUGUCCAAUGACGACGAAGAUGAUGAAAUGGAUGGUAAAAAUCGAAUUGGGUCAUUUGUUGACAUCUUGACAGAUGUUCUGUAUAACAUUGGGCAUUCGAAAACUCUAUCGUUGCAUAAAACGCUGAUCGAAUCGGUCUCAUUACUGCUGGUGGCUUUAGCCAAAUCCUAUUCCCCGACGGAGCUGAGCGAUUUGCUGCUGUUGAACUUCUUCCGAGCGAUUGUGUUUUGUGAACCUGAUCUGCAAUCACUGAACCAUUUAUCCGAGUUCCUCGAGGUGAUUUCCGAUAAUGAAUCGAGCAAAAUUUGUAGUCGGUUUUGCACAAACGAAAUUUGCAACGUUAUGUCCAUUUCACGAUACAAAAUCAAUCGGGUUUCCAUGGAAACGUGCCCACUUCAGGUGUUUUCGUGCCUCUUACAAAUCUCAUUCCAGCCAUAUGGCAACUAUCGCACUUUACAGGAGCAAUCGAAUGAGGUCGUCACAGUGACGAACAUCACCAUACGAAUGAUGAAAUUCAUGAGGAAUUGUUUCAAUAGGCGUGUUGAUUGGUUGUUCCGAAAGAAUGAAAGUCCCAAUGAUACGGCCUCAGUGCUUGUUCCACACUGCUAUUGCUACGUCAUAUCGUGCAUUAUUGUUUUGCUGCACUUUUGCAUCAGCAGUUGGAUGGAAAAUCACAAAAUAAUAGAUCCAAAGCAGUUGAGUACAAUUUUCGCAAUGGGUUGCCUAUUCCUGCAUGACAUAAUAAAGAAGCAUUAUGAACCCAAGGUACUGAAUUUGGGUGGUUUUCCAGUGAAAAAUCGGUUGCAGGCGAUCUACGAUUGGAUGAUGAAUUUGCCGAUUCGCAAAUCGUCCAUUUCGGACAAUGCCAUGAAAUCGGUGAAUUUGCGGCAAAUCCAGCAGCUAAACGAACCACAGAUGAUAUCACCUGAGAUGCAAUCACAAACAUCCGAUCAAAUGGACUCGAUCCUAUUAGACUCAUUCGAAGAUUUCUCAAUGUAAAUUCAAAAGUAAAUUGUGUAGUUUAAAAGAAAAUGUUUAUUUUUAUUAUUACAUCAUUAAAAUGAAAUCAAGACACUCUUAAAAACGAAUUAAAAAAAAAUGGACGUAAAACCAAGAAA